GGAGCCGUGUGCGGGGGCUGUUUUCCUGGUCAUUUGCGGCAAGAUGGCGGCGGGCGCGGGGCUGGAGGGGAGCCCCCCGGAGGCCGGCUUCGUCCUUCACGCCGUGGGCUCGCUGCUUGCAGACUAUGGCUGGUAUAUUCUCUUCACCCUGAUUGCUGUUUAUCUACUUGCACAAAAACUUGCCAAAAGAUUCCGAAGCACCAGAGUGCCUCGCUUGGAUGCAACAGCCGUUGAUCCUGAUGUUGUGGUUAGACAGCAAGAAGCUCUGCUGGCGGCCCGUAAGAGAAUGCAAGAUGAGUUGGAUGCACAAGCAGAAAAAUUCAAAGAAAAACAGAGAAAGCUUGAAGAGGAGAAGAGAAGACAAAAGAUAGCCAUGUGGGAAAGCAUGCAGGAAGGCAAGAGUUACAAGACAACGUUCAGGCAGAACCAGGAGCCUGAACCUGGAGCCUCAGCAUCGACUGCUGAAUCGAAACCGAAAUCCAGAAGAAGACCUUUACGAGACGGAGGUUACAACCCCUUGUCUGGAGAAGGUGGUGGGACUUGCUCAUGGAGACCAGGACGCAGAGGCCCUUCAUCAGGUGGAUGAGGCUAGUUCUGCUGGUGUCUUCCUGGGGCACUGGCAGGCAUUAACUGAACCCCACAGCUGUGGAAGUCUGUGGGUUGCUUGACACAGGGAUUCAAGGAGAAGGAAGUGGAGAGGUUACAUGAACACCACGGUAGUCUCAAAGGUGUGUGGAAUGAACCCUAUUAUCUCUCGUGCAGCGAUGUUAUUGCUCAGCAGAGCAAAUCAACAUUCUACAAGGCACUUCUAGAAAGGGAGGCAGCCCAAGCAGAAAUUGUAACCUUGAAAUAAGACAUUGGAUCACUACCAAAUCUGGCACUGAUACAGCAGACCGCAUGCUGUUGCACUGUGUUGAAUUUGAUGACAUUUGGGCAAAGUGUUUUUUAGUUACAAUUUUUAAAACAUAAAACUCCCCCCCCCCUUGCAGAAACAAACAACCCUAAACAGCCCCAGGUUUAUAACAGACUAAAUAAAUUGAAAAGACCAAUGUUGCUUAUCUUGAAAGAGAAAGGUUACCCCCACACACACACCUUUAUUUU